AUGUCGUCUCGAAUUUCGGUCACCCUUCUGCUACUUGUUGCAGUAGCAAUCAUGCUCGUGGGCGUCAAUGUUGUUGAAGCUAACCCAAGGCCACAGGGCAACAUGCUCCGUUACGGAAACUCGCUUCCAGCCUACGCGCCACACGUUCUCUACCGUUUCUAUAACUCGAGACAGUUUGCCCCUCAAAUGAAGCGUAACAACGCUGAAGUUGUGAAUCAUCUUCUCAAGAAUUUCGGCACGUUGGAUCGUCUCGGAGAUGUUGGCAAGUAA